AGGCUCCAGGUCGCUCUGGGCUCUGUUGUUGUGCAGAGCUGCAGAAGGCCUGACAGAGCCAGCUAGACAGAGAGAAAGGGAACGGUGAGACACAGACAGAGGCAGACACACUGUGGGCUGAGAGCUGUGUACUCAUUUCAUCACCCAGUCCAACCAGCGACACCAGAGAGGAAGGACACAAGGGGAAGAGGGAGAAAAGAAGGAGCAUCAGUGAAAGCAAGGGAAGUCGGGGGAGAGGCAAGGUGAAGGAGGAGAAGGGAGGAAGGAAAGGGAGGGAGGAAGGAGGCUUGAGCAUGAGGAGGGGCGCCUAACUGACAUUGCUGCUCUCGCUAUCGCACAGACACACUUCAGCAGAGGCAGACGCACACUCAGACAGUUGCUGCCCUUUUUAUCUUCCUUUUGUGGACUCUUGUUCUCCAUCCUUUCUUCUCCUCCAAGCAAGGGGACAAGAGAGACAGAGCGAGGAGGAGAGAAAAGGACGAGAAGGAGGAGGAGGCAGUAACCCUUUCUUCUCCUGCACUCAGACACACAGCAAAGAUAGGGAGAGAACGGUUAAAUAAAAAAGAGAGAAAGCAGCUUUCUGUUGUAUUUCGCCGUCUCCUUUGGUCCCUCGGCCAGAGAGCGGCUAACAACCACCGCUCAUGUCCGUGAACUCGGAGAAAUCCUCGUCCCCUGAAAGACCUGAGAACCAGCAGAAAGCCCCGGUGAGCACACCUCCUCCCCCACCGCCUCCUCCACCUCCCCCUGAGCCGGCAGGGCCCCCAGAGCCGGAGGAGGAGAUCCUGGGCUCCGAUGAUGAGGAGCAGGAAGACCCCGCAGACUACUGUAAAGGAGGAUACCACCCGGUGAAGAUCGGGGAUUUAUUCAACGGGAGGUACCAUGUGAUCAGGAAGCUCGGGUGGGGUCACUUCUCCACCGUAUGGCUUUGCUGGGACAUCCAAGUGAAGAACUUUGUGGCAAUGAAGGUGGUGAAGAGUGCCCAACACUACACAGAGACUGCCUUGGAUGAGAUCAAACUGCUGCGAUGUGUGAGAGAGAGUGACCCCAGCGAUCCCAACAAGGAUAUGGUGGUUCAGCUGAUAGACGACUUCAAGAUUUCUGGAGUCAAUGGCAUACAUGUGUGCAUGGUCUUUGAGGUUCUUGGUCAUCAUCUGCUGAAAUGGAUUAUUAAAUCCAACUACCAAGGUCUGCCGCUACCAUGUGUCAAGAGCAUAAUCAAACAGGUCCUGCAGGGUCUGGAUUACCUCCACACAAAGUGUAAAAUCAUCCACACAGACAUCAAACCAGAGAACAUCCUGAUGUGUGUAGAUGAUGUCUUUGUUAGGCGUAUGGCUAUGGAGGCAACGGAAUGGCAGAAAGCCGGAGCCCCGCCACCAUCCGGAUCAGCAGUUAGCACAGCCCCCCAGCUCAAACCGGUGAGUACAACUGAUAUGGGAAAGAUCUCCAAGAACAAGAAGAAGAAGUUGAAGAAGAAGCAGAAGAGGCAAGCUGAGCUGCUGGAAAGGCGGAUGUUGGAGAUUGAAGCCCUGGAGAGAGAAGCAGAGAAAAAGGAAGAGGGAGCCAAAGAAGGUGGGGACAAAAGUGCACCUGAAGACAACCCACCCUCUCCGCUUCAACUGCAGACUCCGCCACCGCCGCUGGGUCCCAGCAUGGCUCUGGGAGAGAGCGAUGAUGAUGACGAUGAUGAGGAGGAUGGGGAAGAUGAGGAGGAGGAGGGAGGAGGGAGAGAGAGGCCCGUCAGGUUGACCAAUCAUACAUGUGCGGCGCCUCCCCAGGAACAGAAUGAGGCACCUCACAUCCCUGCUGAUGACCUAGAUGAGGAGGCGGAAGAAGAAGAAGAGGAAUCUACACCUAUCGCUGAAAAGGAUGCCCCCAUUCCUCCUACCUCAGAGGAGGGUAAUGGAGAGUCAACACAGGCAAAGCUAGAGCAGGAGGAGGGGGAGGGGGAAGAAGAGGAGGAAUUAAAAGGGGCAGAGGAUGAAAAUGUGGAGGAGGAGACGGCAGAAAAGGUUGUGGAGGAGGAGGAGGAGGAGGAGGAGGAAGACGGGGAAGAGGAGAAUCAAGAGGCUGAGACAGAGGAGAAUGAGACUGAGGAGCCAAAAGGGGAAAAUAAAGCAGAGGAGGAGGAGGAGGCAGUGGUGGAAGAGGAAGCAGUGUUGGAAGAAGAGGGGGAGGAGGAUGGGGAGGAAGAAGAGGAGGAAGAUGAGGAUGAUGACACAACAGCAGACCUCCUCACAGACAGCACCUCUCCCAUCAAACCCCACAACAAUAAAACUAAUUUGGCUAAAACCAAUGGCCAUGUUUUGUUGGGCUCUGAGGGACUCAGACAAAACCCUGGUACACCUCCACCUCCUUCACCCACCCCUGAGCCUCUCCUCUGCCCCCUGGUGGAGUCUGAGCUCAGCUACACAGACAGAGACAUCUCUCUCAGCUCUGGAUAUGAGAUGUAUAACGGUGAACUGGCCGAACCAGGGCUGACUAACGGCUCAAGUGACCGGCAUCAGGGAACAAUGCCCCUUUUCCCUGACUUGCCCCUGGAUCCUGAGCCGGGUAACCCAGUUUCAGUUGGAACGGCAGACAUUGGAGCUGGACCUUCACCCAAUAGCCCCCCUGCAGACCGUAGUCGCACUGUGUCAUCCUCAAGCACAGGAGACACACCCAAAGUCAGGGCCAGAGCUGCAGACCUCCUGAUCAACCCACUGGACCCCCGCAACGCUGACUCCAUCAGAGUAAAAAUUGCUGACCUUGGAAAUGCCUGCUGGGUGCAUAAGCACUUUACAGAAGAUAUCCAAACGAGACAGUACCGUUCCAUUGAGGUUCUGAUAGGAGCCGGUUACAGCACUCCUGCUGACAUCUGGAGUACUGCUUGCAUGGCAUUUGAACUGGCCACAGGAGACUACCUGUUUGAGCCUCACUCCGGAGAGGACUACUCCCGCGAUGAGGACCACAUCGCUCUGAUCAUGGAGCUUCUUGGGAAGGUUCCACGCAAAGUGGUCGCUGCCGGGAAGUACAGCCGAGAGUUUUUCUCCAAGAAAGGUGAGCUGCGGCAUAUCACCAAGCUGAAGCCGUGGUCGCUGUUUGACGUGCUAGUGGAGAAGUAUGGCUGGUCGCACGAAGACGCUGGACACUUCACUCACUUCCUUCUGCCCAUGCUGGAGAUGGUGCCUGAGAAGAGGGCCUCAGCCAGCGAAUGCCUGAACCACCCCUGGCUCAACUCGUAGCCACAAACUCUGACUGGUCACCCCCUUCUCUUCUGCCCCCUCAACCAUCAGCCCAAACAUCACCUUCUGGUGGCAGCCUGCAGACCCACAAUGUGGAGAAAAGCUGAAAACCAAUAGAUAAAGAUGAGAAACUUCCCUCAUGCCCCAUCCCACUCAUCCAUUACAUACUUACCUAACUAGGCUUAACUCCUGACUACACGUCCUUUCCCCAGAGGAAUGUAAAGACCGGCUCACGGAGAUGACAUGGCAAAGCAUAUGCAUCUAUCCAAACAUCUCCCAAAAAGAAAUGAUUUGAGGAUAGAUGUUUCCCACUUGAUCAAAAGGAGAAUACAGGCUCUAUGCUAUCUUUGUUUCUUCUACUGUCAGGAUGUUGGCCGUUCUGCUGCAUCUCUCUUUACAAAUUACCACUUGUUUGGAUUCAGCCACGAGGCGAUUACAGCUGCUGAUCUUCUCACUAACAUGACAGGACAGUUAGCAAGCAGCCUUGUUGCACUGCUGACGGCCCACAGCUCCAUCUUCCAUGACCAUAACUUAACGAGGGCCUCAAAGACAGAUGAGUAUGUCAUUUUGUGUGAGAAUGAGCGUUACGUGCCUGUGCUCAUGAUCUGCCUCCAUAGAUACUUCACUUUUCUUUCCAGCCCACUCUAACCCUGGAAGAAGCAUCCACUUCGGACUUAAAGUUUACACCCUGAUUUCUUCCAAGAAUCCAAUCCCAAAAAGCUUAUCUCACCCCAAGUUACCCCCCCACUUCCCAUGCUUUAUGGUCCUGUGUGGGACCACCUAGAAGGACAACAGGGGGUGCAUCCAACUAAAAGCUGCCAUUCUAAUAAACACAGACAGAAAAAGUGAGCAAAUUAAUAAGAUAGAAAUAAAAACACAAUCAGUUUUUAACGUGGAGGAGGUCCUCUUGGUCUCUAAAGACUUGUCCUAAAUUCAUGGAGACUGAUGGAUCGGCAUGAAGGAAUAUGACAGAUGAACACUUGAUGCUUUGCUUUAUUUGUACAUUUUGUUGGUUUCAUGACAUCUAUUGGACUUUCUGUUUGGACAUUUUGGUUCCCACUCUGAGGAUCACUAAUUUACAGUUUCCUUGUCAGCAUUUUGACAUUCUUACAUCUUGAUCCUCUGCCUUUAUUCCUGACUUUCAAUCCCAAAAAUAAUUCUAUUCAUUCCUACUGUGGCACGUUUACCAGAUACGAUUGGUACUGUUUCCCUUAUUUGCCCUUUAGAGGAACCCUUUUAUCCCUGAGCAUCUCCAGAAAGGGGAUGGUCACAUGGAGGUUGCACUUGUCUUUGUAAAUGUCCUUCAGGGAUUUGAAACCUUUGUACAUAGAACUGAGAUUUGGCAACGCAAAAGUGACUGUGGACAACAUUUCAACACACAAGCAUCAUUCCCAAAAAAGAAAAAAAACAAAACAUAAUAAUCCGAGGCCAUUGCUGGCAGAACGUGACUUCUUCUGGUAUUGUUGGAGAGUGGGCCAGGCAGCCACAUCAGGACCCUGGAGGAAAUGCCUAAGACUGAACAGUGCCACCUGGUGGUUGGAUGGGAGUACUGCAUCCCCACACACCUCUGCUGCUCUCAGUGCCAACGCUCCAAGACGUUCCACUGGAUCUCUCUACUUAAUCUUUAUUUCUCUCUCUGUCUCACACACACAUCAAACUCAAAUUAUCACAAUUAGUCCAGUUGCCUAUUUUUCGCAAUAAAUAAAAGAAAAAAGAUGACUAUAAGUAAAUGGUGAGAUAUUUUUAAAAACUAUUUAAUUCAUUAAAAAUAUAGGAAAUAAAAAAGAAAACAACUUUUCUCUGGUUGUUGUGACCGUGACAAAAAAAUGUCUUAUACUGAGGUGAUUGUGUUUGUCUGUUAGAGAUGUUUUUAUUUCUUUUUUCAUUGUUACCAUUAUUAUUAUUAUUAAUAUUGAAAGUAUUUUUUUCUACACAGCUGUCACCUCUCCCCUUCCUCCUUACUUGAACAGUGCUGCUCUGAUUGGGCUGGGCUCUUGAUGGUGAUGAAAAAAAAAGUUUUGCAAUAAAGGGUAUGUGAUGUUUUUUUUGUUUUGUUAUUUUCUCCUUUUAAUUUUUUUUCACCAAAACCUCCUGAUCUCACUUGUUCAGCCAUGCUGACUGUUCUUCCUGAUGACAUUGACAAACUCGCGUCUUGUCUGUUUUUCAUUGACAGAUUUAAUAAAAUUGUAAAUGAAUGGA